AUGAUCGGAGUGGCCUACAUUUGCUACUGGACCGGCGUGCUGCUCAUCGAGUGUCUCUACGAGAGCGGCGAGAAAAAACGCAAGUCGUACCGAGAAAUUGCGGAUUUCUACAAGCCCGGAUUCGGGAAGUGGGUCCUGGCCGCUCAGCUGACCGAGCUGCUCUCCACGUGCAUUAUUUACCUGGUCCUGGCCGCCGAUCUUUUGCAGAGCUGUUUUCCCAGUGUCGGUGAGUCACCAACCCUUGGCUGUGGCGGGCGCAUUCAAAGAAAGAUCAAUUUGAGACAAGCCCGGCUGGAUGAUGCUCGUUUCGGCGGCUCUGCUCUCGUGCUCCUUCCUCGACGACCUCCAAAUAGUGUCCCGGCUCUCGUUCUUCAACGCCAUCUCCCAUCUCAUCGUCAACCUCAUUAUGCUCCUCUAUUGCCUUUCCUUCGUCAGGUAAUCAACCUACAGUACCGCCAGCCAGCCUACCGUACCCCUUUCCAGUCAAUGGUCCUUCUCGUCAAUCACGUUCGCCCUCAACAUCAACACCCUUCCGACGAUCGUCGGAAUGGUUGUCUUUGGCUACACUUCUCACAUUUUCCUGCCCAACUUGGAGGGAAACAUGGCGAAACCGGCCGAGUUCAACAUGAUGCUCAAGUGGUCGCACGUCGCCGCCGCCGUCUUCAAAGUCGUCUUCGGCAUGCUCGGAUUCCUGACGUUCGGCGAGCUUACUCAGCAGGAGAUCUCCAAUUCGCUGCCGAACCAGUCGUUCAAGAUCCUCGUCAACCUGAUUCUCGUCGUCAAGGCGCUUCUUUCGUACCCGCUUCCGUUCUACGCGGCCGUCCAAUUGCUCAAGAACAAUCUGUUCAUGGGCUUCCCGCAGACACCCUUCACCAGCUGCUACUCCCCGGACAAAUCGUUGAGGGAAUGGGCAGUCACCCUUCGAAUCAUCCUCGUCCUCUUCACUCUUUUUGUCGCUCUUUCGGUGCCGUAUUUGGUCGAGUUGAUGGGGUUGGUCGGAAAUAUUACUGGUGAGUGCGUGCCCAAUCAUCAUCUCACUUUUCGAUUUUUUGAAAAUUGGCAUAAACCCUUGACGGUCACGGGUAAGGGGCAUUUUUUUAAAAUUGGCAUAAACCCUUGACGGUCACGGGUACAGGGCAUUUUUUUUAAAUUGGCAUAAACCCUUGACGGUCACGGGUACGGGGCAUUUUUUUAAAAUUGGCAUAAACCCUUGACGGUCACGGGUAAGGGGCAUUUUUUAAAAAUUGGCAUAAACCCUUGACGGUCACGGGUAAGGGGCAUUUUUUAAAAAUUGGCAUAAACCCUUGACGGUCACGGGUCGGGUACAGGGCAUUUUUUAAAAAUUGGCAUAAACCCUUGACGGUCACGGGUAAGGGGCAUUUUUUUAAAAUUGGCAUAAACCCUUGACGGUCACGGGUACAGGGCAUUUUUUUUAAAUUGGCAUAAACCCUUGACGGUCACGGGUACGGGGCAUUUUUUUAAAAUUGGCAUAAACCCUUGACGGUCACGGGUAAGGGGCAUUUUUUAAAAAUUGGCAUAAACCCUUGACGGUCACGGGUAAGGGGCAUUUUUUUUAAAUUGGCAUAAACCCAUUGGCAAAAUGUUCGAAACUCUUGAAAUUUUAACUUUGCCCAAUUUGCUUCAAAAUGAUUUCACAGCUAUAGAAGCCGAAAAACACUAUGGGACCUACUGGAAGCUUCUGCUCUUCCACCAGAAAAACCAACUCAAAUAGACCUGAAAGUCAUUUUUGAACUACUUUCAGGGACAAUGCUCUCGUUUAUUUGGCCGGCGCUGUUCCACUUGCACAUCAAGGGAGCCACCCUCAACAAUUUGGAUAAACGGUUAGCUUUUGCCACGUCACACAAAAUACAUUAUGUUUUUUUGUGCAGUUUCGACCAAUUCAUCAUCAUAAUGGGCAGCAGUGUGUGCGUUUCGGGCGUCUACUUCUCCUCGAUGGAACUUCUCCGAGCCAUCAAUUCUGCUGAUUCUUAG